UUGCUGAUAAUUAGCAUUUAUUUAAGCUAGUGCGUCACUUGAGCACGUUUCCCAUUAAUGCGCAAUUGCAGUCUACCACUCCAGGGGCAGCUAAAAAAACAGUUUGGUUAAGGAAACAGAUCAAAUAUUUAUAAACAAUCGGAUCGCCCACACAAGUGGGAGGGGUUGCAACAGAAGAGUCUGGGCGUUUUCCCAUUUGGUGUUUGAUAUUAAAAGCGUUUGGAUUGAUGACUCAUUUGCAAUCACCGAAUAUUCUUAUCUUUAGCUAACGAGUUUGGACGCAUAAAUUAUCAUCGCCCGUGGAAUUUUUCGCACAAAUAACAGAAUGUCAUCUGCCGCCGUUCAGCCACCCCCACCAGUUCCCCCACCACCACCAACGGCCGCCGCCUCCGCCGGAAAGGGUCUGCACUCCAAGCUGUACAAUGGGAUGAUUGGGGCCGCCGACAAAUUUGUGCCCGCCAAGCUGCGCCCACUGUGGAUGCAUCCAGCUGGUCCCAAGACUAUAUUCUUUUGGGCACCCGUUUUCAAGUGGGGUCUCGUUGCCGCCGGUCUAAGUGACUUGGCCCGUCCGGCCGACUCAAUCUCCGUGUCCGGAUGCGCAGCCCUGGCUGCCACGGGCAUCAUCUGGUCACGCUACUCGCUGGUGAUCAUACCCAAGAACUACAGCCUGUUCGCCGUGAAUCUCUUUGUGGGCAUCACGCAGGUGGUGCAGCUGGCCCGGGCCUACCACUACCAUCAGGAGCAGGAGAAGCUGAAGCAGGUGCAGCCGGCGGCGCAGAAUUAGAGACAUAUCGAAUCGAAUACCGGUGCUGUCCCCUUUACAUAGACUUAGAUCGAAAUGUUAUGUACAUACUACAAAUCCCACAACGCACAACGUAAACGAAAGGAUUAAGAGGGAGCUGUGUUCGCAGAUCCGGCAUCUGCGUUUUACAAUCUGUUACCAUUAUUAUUUAUGGUCUAUUGCCUUAUCGACGUGAUUCGUAUUACUUAAGUUGGAACUGUGGAGGCUUUGCGUAUAGUUUUAUGAAUACGAGAAUAAAUGGACAUUUUGUGAUUGUCAACAAAUAAACCAAUAUAUUGUAAGACUGUAGAAACUAGAAA